UGCGCUGUGCUUCUGUCAACGGUGAACCCUGCCUACUUUGAUUUGAUUGGCCAUCUCAAUCGACCAAUCAUUUAUGUUUCUCUUUUUCUACCAGACGUGGAUCCGCUGAUCAUGCUACUGGUCCUUUUCAUCGGACUGAUCCUCUGCCUGCUGUCUAUGACUGUGAUUCUGUCCCACCACAAAUUUCUUCUUAAGAAACUCUGGCCUGACAUCCCGUCACCAGAGCACAAGUUUCCAGGUCUUUUUACCAUCUACAAAGGAGAUUUUAAGGAGUGGAUGAGCCAAAAUAAUGGCAGUAUGUGGGGCAGAUCAGUCCAUGUGUACACAGAGGAGCUUCCUUCACCACUGGAGGUUUUGUCCGAGGUUUCCCUGACCAGCCACGGCACAUCCCAGAGAGAGGAGAGGCAAGCUGUGGAGGAGGACAAGGAGAAGGAGAGCGAGCGUUCGGACUCGGGGUUAACGGACAGAUGGCAAGAACCUCCUGAAGCUUACUGUCUCGUGGAGCAACUGAGGGCGCUUCAAGAAAACCCAGAAUCUCUUUCCCAGUCAUUGUUACUGCAGUCACAUGACACCUACGUCACUCUCAAUCAAAACUCCCAAGGAGAUGACGAGCGACAGGUGGACGAUGUCUUCGAGGAGACGUUACCGCUCCAGAUGCUCUUCACCACCGCAGGAAGGAUGUCCUUGAACACCUCGCACUCCGACCUCGGCUCCCUCCAGCAGAGCUCGGGUUCGGGCAGACUAUCGUCCCAAUCCAGCUUCGAGUAUCCCAACCACACGUGGCCCCCCAAAGGGCCGGGAUACGCCUACAUGGCGGUCGCAGACUCGGGGGUCUCCAUGGACUACAGCCCGAUGAGCUCCAGCAGGAUCGCGGCGCUCGGGAGACACAGGAUGUACACAAAUGAUUACAAAAACGAGAUUUUUCUCCACAAGUGGCCACUCUCCGGUCAACACACUCAAUCCGGAUCAGAGUCCUGCAUGGGUCCCGGUUGGUAAACCUGCAAUACCUAGGGAUAGUCCACCCAAAAGUGAUUAUUCUGUCAUCAU